AUGGUAUCCAUAACAAACGCACACAACGAUUUGAUCCAUGACGCUGUAUUGGAUUACUAUGGUAAACGUCUAGCCACCUGUUCAUCUGACAAGACUAUUAAAAUAUUUGAAGUUGAAGGUGAGAAUCACAAGUUGAUAGAUACUUUAGUUGGUCACGAAGGUCCUGUCUGGAGAGUCGAUUGGGCACAUCCUAAAUUUGGUACAAUUCUUGCUUCGUGUUCUUAUGACGGUAAAGUUAUAAUCUGGAAGGAAGAAAACGGUAAAUGGUCUCAAAUUGCUACACAUGCAGUCCAUUCUGCCUCUGUCAACUCUGUUCAAUGGGCUCCUCAUGAAUAUGGUGUUAUGCUACUAGCAGCAUCUUCUGAUGGUAAAGUAUCAAUUAUAGAAUUUAAGGAGACCGGAACCUCCACUCCAAUUGUUAUUGAUGCCCAUGCUAUAGGUGUUAAUUCUGCCUGUUGGGCGCCUGUCAGUUAUCAAGACGUUGAAUCUGAUUCUAAUAAACCAACAAAAGAACUACGUAGAUUUGUUACUGGUGGUGCUGACAAUUUAGUCAAGAUUUGGAAAUAUGAUAAUGAUACACAAUUGUACGUUUUAGAAGAGACUCUAAAUGGUCAUUCCGAUUGGGUUAGAGAUGUUGCAUGGUCUCCAUCUGUACUUCUACGCUCAUAUAUUGCCAGUGUCUCCCAAGAUAGAACUUGUGUUAUCUGGUCUCAAGAAAACAACAAAGGUCCAUGGAAGAAAACCGAGGUAAAACAAGAUAAGUUUCCAGAUGUAUUAUGGAGAGCUAGUUGGUCUCUAUCUGGUAAUAUUCUGGCUCUAUCUGGCGGAGAUAACAAGGUCACUUUAUGGAAGGAAAACUUGACUGGAAAUUGGGAACCAGCUGGAGAAGUUCAACAAUAA